GCUGGAGAUGGGAGAAGCCAGUAGAGAAGACACAGGGCAGCAUGUCGCUCUUCUCCCCGUGGCUACAGCAGGUGUCCCGGGCACGGCCAGGGCAACUGAAUGCAGAAUUAGAAGCAAAAACAGCAGAUUUGGUACGUCAGGCUGAAGAAGUAAUGAGGGAUCAACAAGAGAUACUAUCUAGACCAGUUUCAACACAGGCCAAGUCAUAUGAAGAAGACAAUUGCCAUCUGAGAAAUGUGCUUUUUCCUGAAGAGCCAACUCUUACACUUGUACACAUUAAGCAACCAAACAAGAAGAAAUCUAGUCCCAUGCCUACAGCUCGGAACAGAUCACACUCUGGAAGUAAGGAAAGGAGAACAACUUUGAGUGAAAAAUUAAGAAACACUGAAAUACAAGCUGCUGAUGAUGUUGCAAUCCCAGAGGACUAUACAGAUUUUUCCCUCGCAAAAACAAUUAGCAAAAUCGAAGGAAAAUUGGAGGAAGGAAACCUGCCUGAUAAUUUAGAUGACGAUAUUCUUCCAUGUGUAGGAAGUAAAAUCGGAGUGGAAGCCCAGAUCAGAUUUCUGAAGGCAAAGCUGCGUGUUAUGCAGGAGGAGCUAGAUAAUGUAGUGUGUGAGUGCAGUAAAAAGGAUGAUGAAAAUCGGAAUUUAAAUUCUCAGCUUAAAGAUACUGAAGAGGAGCGCUCUAGAUUGCAACGAACAGUUGGUGUACAGCAGUCUCAAAUUGAAAAGUACAAAAUACUGUCAGAGGAAGCAAACAGGAAAAGUGAAGGGUUACAGCAACAGCUUACUGCAGUAGAAAAGGAAUUAGAAAAUCUAAAGCGUGUACAGAAACAGGCUUCAACCAGUCAGAGUGCAACAGAAGUUCGCUUAAAUAGGGCCCUUGAGGAAGCAGAAAGGUAUAGAAUGGAGCUGAAUAAACUGAAGCAAAAUAACAAGGAUAUAGCUAACCAAGAGCUCAAAAAAUUUGAAGAAUUAAAAAUUCAAAACAAGAGACUGGAGAAACAAAAAGGGGAGCUAAUGGCAGGUUUCAAGAAACAGUUGAAGUUAAUUGAUAUUUUAAAGAGACAAAAGAUGCACAUUGAAGCAGCCAAGAUGCUUUCUUUUACUGAAGAAGAGUUCAUGAAAGCCCUUGAGUGGGGAAGUUCCUGAUUCACUAUAUAACCUCUUUGAAAAAUCAAUUAGCUUGUAUACCAUUUUGGAAAUAUAAAGUAUUUUUAGAAAAGAGAACAUACAUGUCAUACUUCUGAAUAGUUUUAGGGGUUUUUUUGGUUGCUCAUGUCGAAAUUCAUCAAAUAACAGCCUAAACAUUUUAACGGUUGAAUGUAAAUUGCGUUGUAAUAUGCCCUGAAAUAUAAUCAGAGCAAUUUAGAUAAGCAGCCAACUUGUCCGUUUCCCCUUAGCUGUAAUGAGUCAGACAUGCAGCAAGGAGAGCAGAUUUUAUUGAAUAAACUAAAUUUCAGUUA